CUAGUUUUCUACUGUAGGCUCUUUGAUUUGCGUGACAUCACCAGUUCCGUCCCAACGCGGAAAUGUGCGAUAUUUGUUAUUAUAAUAUAGGAUCAGUUGUCUGGCAUGUUAGACAUAUGCUGAACCGUAGCAGUACUGUAAGUGAUUGAGCAUGCCGCUGUGAUUAUGGCGUUUUGUUGGGGUUUGGAGCCCUUUCGACCUUAGUGUAUAUUUACUGGCACAGACCUAGAACACGCCGCUACUUCAACCACACACACAUCUGUCAGAUUCAAGGAGAAAUGAUGGACUGGAGACAUUUGCUGCUGCUGCUGUUGUUGCUUAGCUUGGCUGGAAACGUGUCACAGUGUGAGGGGGGAAGUUCAGUCUCUCUCCCAGAAUCCCUGCUCUUUGUUUCUACACUGGAUGGAAGUCUGCAUGCCGUCAGUAAACAGACAGGAGACAUCAAAUGGACACUAAAGGAAGAUCCCAUCAUACAGGUUCCGACCUAUUUCCAAGAGCCAGGCUUUUUACCGGAUCCCAAUGAUGGAAGUCUGUAUGUACUAGGAGGCAAGCGCAAAGAGGGUCUGAUGAAACUCCCGUUCACUAUUCCAGAGCUGGUCCAGUCUUCUCCCUGCAGGAGCUCUGAUGGGGUGCUCUACACAGGUAAAAAACAGGACACUUGGUUUGUGGUUGAUCCUCAGACAGGUGAAAAACAGACGAGUCUAAGCACCUCCUCUUCAGCCUCCAUUUGCCCUUCUGCCCCUCUGCUGUACAUUGGUCGCACAGCCAAGCACAAACUUGUCAUCUUGUGUUUACAGUUGCCACCGUUAACAAAGCACAGCUCCUCCCCUGUGUUGCCAGACUUUUUGACCUCUGACCCCAUGACCGUGCUGGUGGUGACACUGUUGCUUGGAGCGUGGAUUGCCUUCCUGCUAACACACAAAAGGCCUGUCAAAAAAUCCCAGAGAUCUGAAGAGCCAGUGGACACUAACCAUCUGCCAGUGUUGACCAAUCAGAGCGCUAACGCAGAACCCAGUGCUCCGCCCUCAACCUCAUCUUACAACAACAACAGCCAUUCAGAGAAGACAAGUUCUGUUGCAUCCAAUCAAACUCAGCCAUUCUCAAGCAAAGACUCCCCAAUAACGACAGCUGGCCAAUCACAGAGUGAUCAGACUGACGUUGUGGAAGUUGGAAAAAUCUCUUUCAGUCCUGCCGAGGUGCUGGGCCAUGGGACAGAGGGAACCUUUGUGUUCCGGGGUCAUUUUGACGGUCGGCGUGUGGCGGUAAAGCGUAUUCUUCCGGAGUGUGUGGAGUUUGCAGAGCGAGAGGUUCAGCUCCUCCGUGAAUCAGACGAGCAUCCCAAUGUCAUCCGUUACUUCUGCACAGAGCGGGACAGACAAUUCACUUACAUUGCCAUAGAGCUGUGUGCCGCUACACUCCAGCAGUAUGUGGAGGACCCAUGCUGUCCUUAUUCAGACCUGAACCCAGUGUCCCUUCUGGACCAGACCAUGUGUGGCCUGAGUCACCUGCACUCCCUCAAUAUUGUUCACAGGGAUUUAAAGCCACGGAAUAUUUUGCUCUCUCUCCCGGGGGCAUUGGGUCGAGUCCGGGCGGUGAUCUCAGAUUUCGGCUUGUGUAAGAAGCUUCCAGAUGGUCGCCAUAGUUUCAGCCUACGCUCUGGAAUACCAGGAACCGAAGGCUGGAUUGCCCCUGAAUUACUCAUUAAUGCUCCAAAAGGGAACCCUACAAGUGCAGUGGACAUAUUUUCGGCUGGAUGUGUGUUUUAUUAUGUGACGUCCAAAGGACAGCAUCCGUUUGGUGACACUCUGCGGCGUCAAGCUAAUAUCCUCUCUGGAGUCUAUAACCUCGACCACUUUAUGGAGGAUAUACAUGAGGAUGUGAUUGGCAGAGAUCUGAUUGAGUGGAUGAUCAGUGCUGAACCGGAAACGCGUCCUUCAGCAGCGUCCGUCCUCAAACAUCCCUUCUUCUGGAGCCCAGAGAAACAACUGCAGUUCUUUCAGGAUGUCAGUGACAGAAUAGAGAAGGAGCCGGCAGACAGCGUUAUAGUGGCCCGUCUGGAGAACUCCGGCAGAUCUGUCGUAAGAACCAACUGGAGAAUGCACAUAUCAGCACCACUGCAGGCUGAUCUUAGAAAAUUUCGCACAUAUAAAGGGAACUCUGUGAGAGACCUACUUAGAGCAAUGAGAAAUAAAAAACAUCAUUAUCAUGAGCUCCCACCAGAGGUUCAGACAGCUCUCGGUGAAGUCCCUGAUGGCUUCGUGGCAUAUUUUACCUCCCGUUUCCCCCGGUUACUGCUUCACACGCAUUCAGCGCUUAGCAUCUGUGCCCCCGAGAGACCCUUUCACCCAUACUACCACCACUGAACAUCCACAGAGACCUACACUGGACUGGAGAGGAAAAGUAAGAUCCUUGAGGAAACUGAGACCUUGAGGACUCAACUAAACACUGUCAAUGUAUAACUCUGUACUUCAGAACUGUGAGCUUUUCUCCUAAACAUCCUACUGGACUUGCUGAAUGAAAUUGAACAUUUUUUAUGCUUUUACAGAAACAGGUUUUAUAGGUUAGAUUAACCAAACAAGUUACUGAGUGGGCUUUUAUUAAUGGGCUUUUACAGAGCUGCCAUUGUUUGCUGCGGGUUUUAGCAUGUCAACCAAAUAGCAAAGAAAUAAAAAGGCCAUAUUUUCUGAUGAGUUGACAUCAGCCAGUAGUUUGGCAUGUGUUCUGUCAGUUUUGACUUUUAACACACAAGAUUACUGAAUCACCAACUGACUACUUAUAUUCUUAUUAGGUAGAAAGUUAAGCAUUUUCAUAAUAAAGACGUAUUAAAGGUUUCUUAAAGGGAUAGUUCACCAAAAAAGUUUCAAAAAGGGGUGAAAAAAAAAAUCUUGUGCAGGAUAUUCAUAUUCAAUACAUUUGUGUGAGAAACAAAUAAUGAAAUACAUUUUGGGUGAACUAUUCCUUUAGCCAGGUUACAUGCUUAAAGAAUGAUAAAAGCCAGCAAAACAUCCACUGAUAUUUGCAGAUAUAUGACAAUAUUUAAUAAUUAGUGGACUUAAAAAAACUUGUUUGUCUGUCAUAUUGUACACCACGUGUACAUGUAUAUGUAUUUGUGUGAUUCAGAUACAUUGGGAUUGGGAUUUGUUCUUUUGAUUUUGCUUUGUGUGGUUUUAAUUGCAGCUUCAUGCUACACUUAUGGAUCUUUUAUCCUCCACCACACAUUGCAGCUUCAUCCUCCUCUCUCAGUGUUACAGCUUUAAAACCAAAUAUUGUGAAGUGUUUUACAGCCUGCUGUACACUAGUUUUAUACUGCUAGUUUAAAAAAUAUGUCUUUUUAUAAAUUAAGUGUUGAGGAUUUUUGCCACUGGAAAUAUUCACUGAAUGUGGAAAUACUACUGCCUUUGUUUUUCUACCCAGUGACGAUUAAAUGUAUUUGCCAAAAAAAUCUUUGAAACUAUUUGUAGCACAGAUCAAAAUCUCUUAUACUUGAUUCAGGUUAAUGUUGUUAUGGAUUUCCAUGGCACUGGAUACUGUGUUAAUUACAAGUUACUUUAAAAAACACGAUGGUAUUACCAUUAUCCAUGUUCAAAAUGUGGUAGUACCAUGGCACUUUUUUGUGCCAUUUUAUUACAGCAUCUACAAGACUACUAGUCAAACACAUGUAACUACAUGAAAAAUGUUUUAAACCUAAAAAUGAAAACUUUUUAUACUGACUUUGCCCUGCAACACAUUUUGUACAGUGAUAUAAUCUUAAAUAAACUACCUUUAAGCAUUUGAUUGCAUUUCUCUACAUUUUGUCAGCCGUUGAAUCUAAUCCAUUAUGUUGUGGUAAGCUGUUGCAAAUGCACUUAAUGUUUAAAUAAUUUGUCAGCUUUGUGAUGGCCAGCUUUACUCUUAAUACAAGUGGUCUUGUAUUGUCUUGUAUUGACAGA